AUGCCCUUUUGCUUCAAUCCUAAGCUUGCCUUUCUUAAACCACAACACGUGGUCACCACAAUCCAUCUUGAGCAGUGCGCUUUUGAGCAUUCACAACGAGGGUUCUCCAAACAACUGACCGAGUAUCGCAUCAGAUUCUCCGGAACCCUCAGCUAUGGUCUUUUCAACAUUUGUGACGUAACUGAGCGAAAGGACUGGUUAUUAAUGAUGAAGAUGAGAGGCUGGAACAUGCCCGACUGUCCUGAAGACGUGAGAAGAUUCAUGUUCGUCCACAUGGUCGCUACAAUGGGAUGCGACCCCGUAGUAACGGAUAAGGACAUGGACUGCCCCAAGAACUGGAGAGAGGUCCUCCACGGACGACAAAGAUAUCCCAGCGAGCCUGUCGGCCAUCGAUCGCACGGGAGGACGGUCUGCCUUCACUCCAUCGUCGUUUCCCCUUGGCUACAGGGCCUGGGCCUGGGCACCGCUGCCUUAAAGUCUUACGUUCAGCGCAUCCACAGCCGUGGUCUCGCAGACCGCGUUGCUCUGCUCUGCCGCAAGCAUGAGAUCCGAUUCUUUGCGAAGUGUGGAUUUAAGAACAUUGGCCGUAGCGAUACUACCUCCCUCCCUGGGCAAUACUAUAACAUGGUUUUUGAUCUCCCUGAUCGUGAGACACAUAUCAACUGGAAAGCAAUUCGUGAGAACGCCGAGAAAUCGUAG